CAUUAUUUUUCCUGCAUUACAGACGACUCUCAACUCCCCGUCAUUCAAGAACAACAUAAAUAACACGACCUCAAAAUGCCCUCCCGAGGCAACCCUAACGUUCCAAACAAGCAAAGGCGUGUUGCAUCCAGGAGAAAGGUGCAAAAGCAGAAAGCACUUAACAGGGUCAGCAAGAACGCCCGAGGGACCGCAAAGAGCUCUGUCCUAUAUCCUACGAGCGGACCUCUCGCACCAAUUUCCAAGAAGAAGGCCAGGAAGUUGGAGACGGCAGCCAAGUUGGCGAGGAAGAGAGCUAUCGAGAAGGCUAUGGAGCAAGAGGGAGAGGUUCAGAUGACUGAUGCGCCGGACGUUACGAAGAAGGCACCAGCAAAGAGCCAGUCAAAGGAGGAAUCAAUGGAUGUUGAUAUAUCAUGA